AUGAAAAAACAAGUGACAAUUGACAAAGAAUUCACGAAUAUGGAGAAAAUUGUGAACAAGGUGAGCAACAUUUUUUAAAUUUAUCCAGUUGAAAUUUUUACAGAGAGCUUGUCGAACAAUGAGUGUUCCGGUGUCUUCUUCGAAAUCAAAAAAACAGGAAAAAUUUGAGGUAUUUUUUGGGGGAUUUCUAGAAGUUUUUUCUCCUAACUCCUGAACUCCUGAAUCCUUCUGAGGUUCUGAUUCUGUGAAUUUUUUCAUUUUUUUCCAGAAUGAUAGAAAAGUUUCGACGGGAACUUUGAAUCGAUUAAUUUUGGUAGCCCAAGCGUUGGAGUCGGAAGUCGAAACUCAAAGAAAUGAUGAUGUUAGCGCGACAAAAAUCACAUUUUCGAUUAGAAUUGCAAAUUUGGUGCUGCUCAUUUUAAUAAACAUCCUGAUUUUCACCGGAUUCGGAAAAUAUCAAGUCCAGAAUGAGAAUCGAUAUCAGGUAUUUUUCGAUGAAGGGCACUUUUAGAAAAAGAUUUAGUGAGCCAAACAUUUGAAAUCGGAUUAAACUAUUUGGAAUUAGAAAAAUUAAUUUCAUGUUGACGUAAAUAUUGAGGUGUUUCAGAAUCUGAUGUCACUCUCACUUUGUCACUUGUUGAUUUUUAAUUUUUGACAUUUAAAGGGGAAAAAAGGAAAUGGGAUGCUUUCGAAUUCAAAUUUCUUCAAUGAAGAAAAAAAUUCAAAUAAAGUUUAUGCAAUCAAAUAAAAUUUGAUAAGUCUAGUCUAGUAUAAUCCAGCACAAAGAACGACAUUUAUUUUGAAUUAAUUUUAUUAAAGAGGGAAUUGAUUCUAGGAACUUGUUCACAAAAUUAGGGAUACAUUUUUCUAAUUGAAAAAGGUUUUGAUGCAAGGAUAAAAAGAAUUAACAAUAUUCAACAGGAAAAUGAUUAAAAUUAAAAAAAGGAUCUGAAAAACUCUGAAACUUGAAACUACUGAAAUGGGAACUUUGGAAAAAAAGUAUCUGAAAAUCUUUCUAGCGAAAAUAUUUAAAAAAUCUGAAUUUCGAUAACAAUCAAAUUUAAAUUUUUCCAGGACCUAAUGCUUUCUCCCAACAAAUGGACCUACGAUCCAAACACGGACGAGUUACCCGAAACCUUCCGAAUGCUCAAUUUAUCUGGUCAAUAUUUCUCAGCCUGUAUCACAAUUUUCCUGCUCUUCUCCACAGUUUCCCUCCAAUUUUUCUAUAUUUUCAACAUCAACACGCCCAAAAUCACGGUAUUUUUCUAUUUUUUUUUUAAUUUUUUAAUUUUCUUUUGUAAGCAUACAAUUGGGGGUUUCAGUGUAUGUGUUAUGCUUUUGGCGCAGUUCCAUUCACACUUUUUGUUUUCGGCUUGGAGAUGCAUUAUUCGACGUGUCCAUGGUUGGAUGAAUAUGUUUCACAAUACCAUUUGGAUGAUAUGAGCUCGGGAUGUGCGAUCAAUGGAUGGGCUUUGGCAGGGGUAGGCUUUUUGAUCAAGAAUUUGAACUUCUAAAGUUCAUGAAGCCUCUGAAUUUUGCGUCAAAAACAAGAGAUAAUCCAAUUUAGAAUUCAUGAACAUUGAAGUUAUGCUUUUUGACGCCAACAUGUUGAAAAAUAAUCAACACACACACAAUUUUGAAAUUUGAGACUUUGGCAUUCUAAUGCAUUAGAACACACUUCCUACUCUAGCUGGGUGAACAAAAAUUGCGAAAAAAAGUUUUUACAACUUAAAGUGAUGGAACCAUGGCUGGUUUUUGAGUAUCUAAUGUGAAAAUAAGUUUUUGAAAAAAAAAUAGUCUUAAAUUUUUUUAAUCUGAAUUACCCUAACUUCAAUAUGGCAGGAAGAAAUUCACGGAAAAAGCUUUGAACUUUGAAGAGGAAAAUCAUGGUUCCAGAAUUGAAAAAAAUUUUUUUUUGAUUUCAACGUCAUCAUGAAAAAUACGAUUGGCCCAGAUUUUCAAAAACAUAAAAAAUAAAACAAAAAUUAAACAAUCCGGAAAUUUUUCCUUAGAAUUUACUAACUGCUAUCAAUUUUCAAUGAAUAAUUCUUGAUCAAAUUCAAAAAAAUAUCUCACAAUCCAUAUUUUCCAGAUCUUCUCUUUACUCUCCUGCGGCCUAUUUGUUAGUGAAGGAAUAAUCACCGCAUUUUUCGGCAAUCCAGGCCUGCCAGCAGUUGAAAACAAGGAAACAAUCGUAUGA